GAUAUUAAACUAGUCAAUUAGAAAAUGUAACAGUUCAAUCUGAAUUCAGUUCAAUUGAAUGUGAAGGGCUGAACAGAAAAUGUUCAGGAAAUUACCAUUUUUAAUCGUCGUAGGUAUUCCAAUAAUAUUUGGACAUACGGCAUUCGAACAGAACCAGUCGAGAACAUGGAAAAAUACCACAUUCUAUGCAUUUCGCGGAAUAAGAUUUGCCGAAUCACCAACUGGAGUUUUACGUUUUAAGGCUCCGGUGCCUGCCAAAACGUGGAACAACAUAACAGCAAUUUUUGAGAACGAACUCGACCGAGAUGGUAGCGACUGUCCAUCACCCAAUACUUCAUACGACGAGGAUUGCUUGUUUUUAAAUGUUUACACCAAGUGCUUGAAUGAAUCAUGCUUAAAGCCAGUUAUUGUCUUCAUCCACCCGGGAGGCUUCUACAUUGGCUCUGGAAGUUCUGCCAAUUUUGGGCCCGAAUAUUUAAUGGAAGAGGAUGUUGUCUUGGUUACGUUCAACUACCGCCUGGCAUUUUUCGGAUUCACAAGCAUGGGUACAACGGAUGCAAUCGGAAAUGCUGGAUUCAAAGAUCAAGCGCUCGCCUUGAAUUGGGUUCACGAUCACAUUCUUCACUUUGGAGGCGAUCCAAGCUGUGUGACAUUGAUGGGAAAUAGUGCGGGUGCAAUGAGUGUAGCUUUGCAUAUGGUCUCUCCGCUAUCACGUCAUUUGUUCCAUCGAGCGUUUGCAGUGAGCGGUGGCAUACUACCACAAGCAAAAUCGCCGUCAUCACAACCGCACUUGAUCGAGAAACUAGCGCAGUUGAUCGGCUGUACAUCAAAUGCAACUGCUUUCGAAUGUGUCAGAAAUGCAUCAACUGUAUCGAUUACCAAUAAUUUGAGGAAAAUCUUCAAUUUCGGAUGGGACAAUCCAGUCUAUCCUUGGCUACCGGUUGUUGAACCAAAAAACGGUAACGAAGCACCAUUUUUAGAUGAAGAUCCAAUGAAAUUACUUGAGACUGGACAAUACAAUACCAUUCCCGUUAUGGCUAGUGUUACCAAAGACGAAACAGCAUCGUCGGGAAUGUACUUGUUCGAACAUCGAGAACUUCUGACUCAGUGGGUGAAUGAUUUUUCUAGAGUCGGGCCAAUUUGCAUGCAAUACGAGGCCAAUGAUACUGUGUCCGAAGCUUUGCGCAAGAGAUAUGCUGAUUUUCAAAUUGGCGAUAGAGAUAAUCUGGUCGAUUCAUUCGUUCGAACAGCUCAAGCGUUUUCAGAUGCGAUAAUCACUUUUCCAGUUUAUCGUUUCGCUCAGCUGGUGAAGAGAACCAAUAAUGUCCAUUACAUUAAGUUCAAUUACCGUGGACCGCACAGUAUGUUCAAGUGUAAUUCCACGAUCGACAAGGAAUUGUGUGAUGCAAUUAAAAAAUUAAAAAUUGUUGAGCACACGGACGAUCAACAGUACCUAUUCACAUCGUCGAGUGUUCCCCGAAUAACUGAUGAAUUCAGUCCUGAGGGUCAAAUAGUGCGCAAGUUUACUAAAUUAGUUUCUACCUUUGCUAAAACGGGAUUUCCGUAUUUUGGCCCGAACAUUAUGACCAAUGAAGCAAAAUAUGAGUCUGACGAGACGUACAUCCUAUUCGAUUCAACAUUUCAAAUCGACAAAAAACCAUUCAUCGACUCUACUAUGUGGGAUGAACUUUUCCCGGUGAAAUGGCAUACCAAAACAUCACAUCAUAGCUAGAGAUGAUCGAGUCGGAGAUUUAACCCGACCCGACCCCAAAUACGUUUUUGAAACAAGAUUUCUAUAAAUUAUUUUUAGGCAGAGGCUAUUUGUACUCGAGUGCAAAUAGUCAAUAGGAACACUAUUUGCACCCGGGUGCAAAUAGUCAAUGUAUGAGCUAUUUGCAGUCACGCCCCGCGAAAUUAUAUUUCAUAAUGUUAACAGACCAUUCGACUGCAAAUAGCUCAUACAUUGACUAUUCCUUCGUAUCAACUAACAAAAGAACAUGUUUUUCAAACAAAAAUUUCAUUUCGUUAGGUUUGUCAAGAAAAUAAUUUCAGUGAAUUACUUUGAAUUGUGACCAAACAUUUUGUGGGAAUUGCAUUUCCCCAAGAUCUCAGAAGGGCGCCUAAAUGUGGUGCAUGUAGACAAAGGCUACUCAUUUGGAACACACCAAACUCCUCCCUUAUAAACAGUUAGUAGAUGGAAGAAUUCAGGAACAAAUCAAUCUCUUUACACAUUUUGUAGAAGGAAUUCAGUUGGAACAAACCAAACUCCUUCCUUUCAAAGUUUGUAGAAGUAUGAAUUCAGUAGAAACAAACCAAACUAUCUCCUCACACAAAUUGUACAAAGAUGAAUUCAGUAGGGACGAACGAAGCUCCUUCUUUACAGUUUGAAGAACGAUGAAUUCAGUUGGAACAAACCAAACUCCUUCCUUAUACAGUUUCUAGAAGGAUAAAUUCAGUAAGAACAAAGGAAAUUCCUUCCUUACACAAAUUGUAGAAGGAUGAAUUCGGUAGGAACAAACCAAACUCCUUCCUUACAUAAAUUGUAGAAAGAUGCUCCAUCCUUACAGUUUGAAGAAGAAUGAAUUCAGUUGGAACAGACCAAACUCCUUCCUUACACAGUUUGUAGAUGGAUAAAUUCAGUAGUGCAAAUAGUCACUUCGUUACUUUUAAUGAGACCUAAACGCUUUAGAACGUCUUCUCCUUCUUCCCGCUCUCGUUAAGGCUUUCAUCUCGUCUUCAUCUCCAAUAAUUUUUACUCAAUAGCCCCUUAAUCGUGAGAACAGAAGUCGAGAAAACUCGAAAACCAAUAAUUGAGGGUAAAUGAUAGUGUCAACCAGGAAAAUAAUUCUGGUAAAUGAGCAUGCUCGAAAGUCUUUGUUACGAGGGCCUAUUUUUCGGAAUUUUGAUUCUGAAAAGUUCCGAAAAUUUCUUACAAUUAUAAUCAGAAUAGGCAUGUACUCACAUGUAGAACGAGGUCCGUAAUUAUUUCUUUUGUAAGAAAGAUUGAUAAUGAUAAAUAAAAUGAUUUCAAGGUUUUCGGACCAUUCUAGUUGUAUGACACUUAGGUGCUUCGUGUGAGUUCGGUGAGUAUUUAAUUUUGUCAUUUUGAUAAACGGGUGGUGACACCAGCCCAUUUUGACGCCACACGAAAAAGAAAUAAUUUCGAGUUCCCAAGCACAGGCGGAGUAUUCAUUUUCUUAAUGAUUGAAUCAAAAAAAUAUAUCAAAAAAGCACUCCAUC